AUGUACCAAAUAUUCUUUCUUUUAAAGGUGCGAUUAAACCAUUUCGGCGUUCCAUUUCUUUGGACAUAUACACAAUGAAUGAUAACGCCGAGUUAUACCACAAGGGCAAUAACUUACAACGAAAUGCUGCAAUUCAAUGUUUAGAAGCGUACGGUCCAAAAAUGAAAUGGAAGAAAUCUGGCGAUCGAGCGAUUGAUAUUGGCUGUGCUGAUGGUUUUGUAACAAAUAUUAUCAAGAAAUACAUGCCAAAUAACUUUGAGAAGCUAGUCGGUUGUGACAUACAUGCGGCCAUGGUCAAAUUUGCGAACAAUCAUUUCAGGAACGAUAAAACUAGUUUCACACAACUCGACAUUGAAGCCGAUUUGCCUGACGACAUGAAGGGAAGCUUCGAUCAUGUGUUUUCGUUUCUAACCAUUCAUUGGAUUCCAAAUCAAGAAAAAGCAUUCAAGAAUGUAUACGAUCUUCUAUCCGAUGAUGGAGAUUGUCUUCUGACAGUAUUAGGUCAUACUCCGUUGUAUACUGCUUACACAGUACUAUCGGAAACAGAAAAAUGGAGUAAAUGGGUAACGAACCUGGACCAAUUUGUUUCCCCAUACCACGUUUAUGACGAACCCGACACAUAUUUGACGAAAGUAUUAAAGAAAAUUGGCUUCAAACAAUACGACGUAAGAUGUAAGCAGAAACAGUACAAAUACCAUAGUGUACAAGAAUUAAAAGAUGCUAUAUCCGCUGUUCAUCCAUACAAAAUGCCAAAAGAAAUGUUCGACGAAUUUUUUGAAGACUACAUACAAGUAGUACGAGACCUGAAACUAUUUGAUCAAACUAAUAAUAAUUCGCAUACUAUUACUCUUCACUAUAAUUUAUUAGUGAUCUACGCUAGCAAAUCAUAAUUAGAAUGUUUGUAAUAUUAUAUAAUGGCGGUAUUGGUUCUGAAGUUUAUUCUUCUAACUCUAUUAUAUUUAUAUAGGUUUCAGUGAUAUAUUUUUAUGCAGAAUUACCUAAUGUAUUAUUAAAAUAUACUUAGUGCUACGUUGUUUGAAAUCUAUUUAAUAAUACAUGAACCAAAGACUUUAUACCACUUAUUAAACACAUUGCAUGAUAUGACAUAAUUAAAAUUCAUUUGAGAAGGAGUGCGGAAAAAUAAAUUAUAUGUAUAUAUGUUACAAAUAAAGUAAAUUAAAUGGUCGAACUUCGAACACUGGACGACCAUCAAUAUUAACUUAUUAUACCUAAUAGAGAUCUACCAUUUCUUUAUGUUUUAAUAAUGCAUCUGUUUACCUGUUACAUACAAAGCCAGUCAAUUUUGUGUAUAUUGAUAGAUUAAUGCUAUCAAAUUAUUUUUUUCUUUACAAGAAACUUAAAAAUCAUUUCAUAAACAAUUUAGUAAAGUAAUCAUGCGAAUUAACCAAAAAUAUUUGGCACACACAAUAUAACAAAAGCAAAA